CGGCCAAUGAUGGUCCACCAAGCUCCCUGGUAAUGGUCAUGUGUGGCGCGAGAUGAGGGGAAACAACUUCGUAUUUACCUUUUCGUAUAUAACAAAGUCGGCGUGCUACAGGUUGCUGCCUAACAUGAUUGCCGUCAAAAUCACAUUUGGGCUUCUUGCCCUUGUCGCUUUUGCCUAUGCUGAGGAGGCAGAGGAGGACUCCUCUGUUUCUGCACGGCUUGAAAAAGCAAACAGAAAUGUUGUGCGUAGGCCUGACGAGCCUUAUGUAGUGGAUGACAUUGCCUACGACUCUGAGGGGGAGAGGAAUGCCGACCCCUGCACCUCCAGAGGCUGUCUGUGGCCCAAGUCCUCUGACGGAAAGGUUUACGUGCCCUACUACAUCACCAACCAGUACUCUGACCGUGAGCGUUCUGUCAUUGAGCGUGGUCUUCAGUCCUUCACCAGCUCCACCUGUAUCCGCUUUAUUCGCUGGAACAACCACAGGGAUUACGUCUAUAUCAAGUCUGACAGCGGUUGCUACUCCUAUGUGGGCCGCAGAGGUAAUGGCCAGAACAUCUCUCUGGAUCGCCAGGGCUGCAUUUACCACAACACUGUUCAGCACGAGCUGCUGCACGCCCUGGGUUUCAACCAUGAGCAGUGUCGUAGUGACCGCGACCAGUACAUCCGAGUCCUCCUGCAGAACGUGCAGUCCGGCCUGGCAUACGCUUUCGACAAGAUCGCCACUCUGAACCAGGGCACUCCGUACGACUACAACUCUGUCAUGCAGUACCACAAGUAUGCCUUCUCCAAGAAUGGACAGCCGACCAUGCAGCCUUACCCCGACCCUAACGUGCCUUUCGGAACAGCCAAGGAGAUGAGCAAGAAUGACAUUCUUAGACUCAACAGGCUCUACAAGUGUUAAUGCCAGAGAGAACAGCUGGACAUGUUUUUUCAGACUGCAGCCAUUGCCAGCAAUUAAAAGUUGAUGAAAA